UUCCCAGGUGGCGCCGCUCUCACCCGGAUGUGAUUUGCGGAAGGUGGCGGACGAAGUGAGUGUUGGUUCUUUGCGUUGUGUUGUAUGUUUGAAAGAGAAAGGAAAAGGGGAGAAGAAAAGUAAUACGUGCAGUAAAAGAAAAAGUUUGAGCCGAUGGAGUCGGGGUUAGGCGACUGUGCCAGGAUCAGCGAGCAGCUCCCUGACCAGCUGGACAACGUCCUGAGACUUGGUGGGGAUGAGCAGCACACGGACUGCCUGAAGAAUAACAACCCCCCACCGUCUAGCUGUUCCAAGCAAGACCCCGAGACCGAGUUGUCAGAGGAAAGCUUCUUUGAUUGUCAGGAGUCCUUUGAUAACGCAACGCAGCCGGACAAGGAGCAGGAAUUAGAGCUGAAAGAUGAACAGGAGCCUGAGAUGAAUGACGAAUAUUUUAAAGAACUGGAAAAAAACCUUUCAGAUGAGGAGAAGCAGAGCAGAAGAGAUGAAAGUACAAAGUUGAAAGAAGAAGGAAAUGUAAACUUUUCAGCAGGAGAGUACUGCAAAGCAGAGGACAUCUACACAAGGGCGCUCGCUAUUUGUCCAUUCUGUUAUGAAAAGGAGAAGUCCAUCCUGUUCUCCAACAGAGCUGCUGCCAGAAUGAAAAUGGAUAAGAAAGAAGAUGCUAUUUCUGAUUGUACAAAAGCCAUAGAAUUGAACCCAAAUUAUAUCCGUGCAAUACUCAGAAGGGCAGAGCUAUAUGAACAGACAGAAAAACUGGAUGAAGCGCUUGAAGAUUACAAAGUUAUCCUAGAAAAAGAUCCAUCAAUACCACAAGCAAGGGAAGCCUGCAUGCGACUUCCCAGACAGAUUGAAGAAAGAAACGAGCGACUGAAGCAGGAGAUGAUGAGUAAACUCAAGGACCUGGGGAACAUGUUUCUUCGUCCUUUUGGUCUGUCUACGGAAAAUUUUCAGGUCAACCAAGACCCCUCGACCGGCUCUUACUCUAUUAAUUUUGUUCAAAAUCCCAACAACAAUGACCGGUAACUACUGUCCAGAGAGACCGCCAUGCCUGCUUUUUUUUUAGAAUUCAAAACAUACCAAACCUGCUCAAUUAACUCCACAAUCCGGAGACGACCGGAAAAAAAAUAAAAAAGAGGCCGCGUCUUGUCAGAUGAUUAAUGGAAGUUAUUUUUAGAGGAGCACCAGUUGUUCAGUUGAAGCCGAAGUGGUCCUUCAAUGCCCAACUUGGCCGUUUCCUCCUUUCCUUGUGGUUUCUCUGCACCCGCUGUGAUGUUUAGGGGUUUGCUGGCUCUGUCGUCGUUCAGGUAGGGGUGUUGGGGGGGGGGGAGGUCUCUUCCAGAUUGUUCCAUGCAAUAGAUGGCGCUCAGUUGCAUUUCCAAGCACCUCCAAGAACUCACAGGAGUGUAGGACCUCAGGGGGUUUGUGAAGAGUUCUAGAAAUGGCAGCAACGUGAGGUGAAGGAGUUUGAGUUUAGUCGGUCCGCACACCCCUCUCUCCGAUUGUUCUUGCUUAGAAGGACACGGUCUGCUGUGGCAGGACAACACGGAGUGGAGAUGCUCCACGUGAAGUGGGUGACGUUCCUGGGCAGCAUUGUGUCACCUGGCUUGUGACCGACAGCUUUAUCAUUUUUAAGCAACUCCUCGCGUGUGUGUGUGAGAGUGUGUGUGUUGUAAUAAAACGAUGUUUUAAGCCGCCCGGCUGACUUGA